UUUUCAUCAGUAAAUGCUGAAGCUGUGGGUUUCAAUAGUACUCACUUUAAUAUCAGUUUUGAUCUUCCAUUUGACACUGAUGUUCCUGGUCGUCAUAGCGCAGAAGUUGCUUUUUUAUUUUUUUUCUUACGUGUUGCACCAGUUAUAUAUCAAUUUUGUUUUGUAUAUCCGAAUGAUAAGAAAGAAUUUUUAUUAAAAAAUCAUGAGGAUAAAGCUGUUUCUAAAGGUUUAAGAUAUUAUAAUGAUAUUAUACAAAUGAUUUUACCUUCUUUGUUACUAUUGUUUCCUUCUUUCCUUACACCUUAUAAUUUAUAUCCAAAUAUAUUAUUCACUAUAUUACAAAUAUAUACCAUUAUAAUGAUUUCUGCGUCUAUUGUGUCAUUUACCUUUUCUAUUUAUGAUUAUAAACAUUAUUAUUUUCUUUAUGAUUAUUUUAAAAAUGGGAAAAAAUACUUUUAUGAAGAUAUUAAUG